CAUAUCUCCACUGCAGCUCACAAAGCGCAGACCCUCCAAAAGGAAACAACUGCAGCCUCCGGAGAGGAAAUGAAGAGGCGGCUGCACAAGAAAUACCUGGUUUUGAUCCUGGCAUACACAGGUUUACUGCUGCUAAUCCCCUACGUGUUGGAUUACGGGGAUAAAUCCGUGCACCACAAUAACAGACUGCGGCAGCAACAGCCCAGAUGCCCAGAUUUGGAGAAGCUUUGGGAUGAUAACGGUAACGCGUCGGAGCAGCACGCCGUCAACAGGAGCAAAACUCGGAUACACAUUUACCUUCAUGCCACCUGGAGGACCGGAUCCUCGUUCCUGGGGGAGUUGUUCAACCAGCACCCCGAUGUCUUCUACCUGUACGAGCCCAUGUGGCACAUAUGGCAGGCUCUGUACCCGGGGGACGCUGGGAGCCUGCAGGGCGCGGUGCGGGACAUGAUGAACGCCCUGUACCGCUGCGACUUCUCCGUGCUGAAACUCUACGCCGGCUCGCAGAACAUCACCACCUCCUUCAUAUUCGGCUGGAAGAUGAACAAGGUGAUCUGCUCCGAGCCGCUGUGUGACGCCCACAAGAGGCACGACAUCGGGCUGGUGAGGGAGGACCAGUGCGCCAAGUGCCAGAAGAGGGAUAUCCGGGAUCUGGAGAGGGAGUGUAAGAAGUACCCGGUGAUGGUGAUCAAAGGCGUGCGUGUUCUGGAUCUGAGCACGCUGGUUCCUCUCAUGAAAGACCCGGCGAUCAACCUGCAGAUCAUCCAGCUCUUCAGAGACCCCCGGGCCGUGCAUAACUCCCGGCUCAAGUCCAAGCAGGCCCUGGUGAAGGAGAGCAUCCAGGUGCUGAGGAGCAAGAAGCAGAACGAUAAGUACAAGCGGCUGCUGGUGCCGAGCAACAGGGUGAACCGGGCCGAGAGCUACGUCUCCAGCGCCAUGGAGCUCAUCUGCGACAACUGGCUGAGCGACAUGAUGCUGGUGCUGAACGCCCCCCCCUGGGUGAGGAGGAACUACCUGCGGGUCCGCUACGAGGACCUGGUGCUGCAGCCCAUGGAGGAGCUGCAAAGGCUCUUCCUCUUCUCAAACUUGUCCAGCUCCCCGGAGCUGGACCGGUUCGCCCUCAACAUGACGCACGGACACGGAUACUCCUCGGACAAACCCUUCCUCAUCUCCUCCAGGGACGCCAAGGAGGCCAUUUACGCCUGGAGGGAGCGGCUGAACGUGGAGCAGAUCAACCAGGUGGAGGCGUACUGCAGCGAGGUGAUGAGGCAGCUGGGCUACGAGAAGAACAGCGCGGACAAAACCACAUGAGGAAGUGCAACGCAUCGGUGCAGGGGCCUGGUGUUCAGCGCUAAAGGCAGAAGGUGGAAUAAGAAAACAGGCAGCAGGAAUGUGCUCCGCUGGGAGAGUGGACUGCUUCAGCCGAGGAGGCUCGAAGAACUGCAGAAAACACAAGGAGAGCAGGAGCAGAGGAGCUGAAGAACGGGGGGGGGGCUUAUAUUUACAGUGUCACAUGUUUAACACCAUGCAGACACAGAGCGCGCUGGCCAGCCUCCAUCCUUCUGUCCUUUUUAGUAGCACUAAUCCUCCUCAAAUCCCCGGCAGCUGAGUGCCAUAAAAAGCCCAAGAUGGCGACGGCGGCGGGGGGGGGGGGGGUUCUUUCUCACCUGCGAGGCUUAUCGUCCAGCCUGAGACAGUGCAGUAAUCUGCAGCAUUACUGACACUGAACUGUAGCAGGCCCUCUAACAAUGCCAAUAAAGUGCUUUUGAAAGAAGAAACUACAAUAUGUGUCUGGAAAGAAGAGGCCGGACUGAGGAGCUAUUGUCCCCCCCCCCACCCGGCCCCUCAGGAAUCCAGACAGCUGCAGCACCCCGCUGACAAAACACUCACGAGAGUGUGAAAUGUUCUGAUAUCACACGGGCGUGUCUGGAGGAACUUUAACAAACACACGCGAUACUGAUUCUUACUGUUUAUAGUUUUUAUCUAUCAUAUUUAAAAAUGCUGCGACACGCCUCGGGGUAGAGGACGUGUUCCAGCAUCCACAUGUUCAACUUCAGAAGUUGGUUCUGUAUUUGUUCUGGGGAGGAAGACCUGCAAGACAUAACUUUUAGAUUAUUUAAACU